AUGAAAAAGUCAGUGUGCAGUGAUUCAUAUCGCAGUGAAAGGAAGACUAGUCACGCUAGUUGCUCAAAUUCGGAUAGCAGCGAUGAGGAAGUGAUCAGAUUGCCCAAAAGAAGAAAAGURAAUCGUAUCAUAUCAUCAGAUUCUGAUACGGAUACGGAUAAAUGCAAUCUUAGUGAUAAUGAAUAUUAUGAAGAUACUAUUGACGAGAUGUUACGAGAUUUGGUCGUGGAAGAAGAAAGCAACGUUGAUGAUACUGAGGAAGCUCCAGUUCAACAAAGUGAAUGGAGUGAAUUUAGUGGUCGGCRAAAAUCAAUUUCUUUUYAAGAAACAGGCGGUCUGAAUAAGCAAUUACCUGACGAUAUAAAUCCGUAUGAUGUGUUUACGUUGUUCGUCGAUGACGAAAUCAUAAACUUGCUGGUAUUAGAAACUAAUAGAUAUGCACAACAAAAACUAAAUGAAUCGAGGCUGWCUCCAGGUUCACGAAUGCAUAAAUGGAAACCAACAAAUCCUGAAGAAAUAAAACAAUUUUUGGGAUUAUUGUUGUGGAUGGGACUUGUAAAAGUGAGCCCAAUAGCCAAUUAUUGGGCCAAAAACGAAUUGUACAAUUUCCGGCUACCGCGUCAAAUUAUGUCACGAAACAGAUUUGAACUAUUAUUGUGCAAUUUUCAUUUUGUCGAUAAUAUGUCCAUUGCCCGUGAUGAUCGGCUUGGUAAAAUACUUCCAUUUUUUAACAAAUUGGUAGGAAAGUAUCAGGAAGCUUACACGCCUGGAGAARACAUUGUUAUCGAUGAAACGUUAAUUCCAUGGCGUGGAAGACUCAUUUUCAAGCAAUACAUUCCAAAUAAAGCGCACAAGUACGGAAUCAAGUUAUUCAAAUUAUGUUCAAGCGAAGGAUACACAUGGGCAAUGAAAAUGUAUUCUGGUAAAUCAGCGGAAGGUAUUAGAGAAACCGGAUUGGCAAACAAUGUGUGUCUACAACUGGCAGAGAAACUUUUYGAUCAAGGAAGAACAUUGUAUAUUGACAAUUUUUAUACAAGUUAUGAGUUAGCUAUAUCAUGCCUAAGACGCAAGACUCAUGUAGUUGGAACACUUAGACAUAACAAGAAAUCURUACCAAAAGAUGUUCUUAAUUGCAAACUAAGAAGGGGAGAAAUGGUAGCUAAAGAGGAUGAUAACGGGAUUGUGAUACUCAAAUGGAGAGACACACGUGACGUGAGAAUAUUAUCUACGAAACACGCUCCUAUCAUGACACAAAGCACGAAAAACAUUCAUGCUGCUUCUUCAAGCCAGCAGCCAUCCGCAAGACUCAAACCUCUGGCCGUCCUCGAAUAUAAUAAGGGUAAAUGUGGUAUAGAUUAUUCAGACCAAAUGGUUUCCUAUGCUUCGACGAUGAGGAAAGGAAUCAAGUGGUAUAGGAAGCUUGGUGUUGAACUUCUACUGGGGACGUCAAUUGUAAACGCUUUGGUCGUUUAYAAAAUUGCGACAAAGAAAACUGUAAAUAUUAGACGAUUCAGAGAACUGAUUGCUGCAAAGUUACUAGGACUGAGUGAAGAUUUAACACUGCCUUCUGUUCGACGAAAUACGCAUUGCAUCGCCGUUCGCAGAAAUAAUUUGGGGAAAAGCCUUAGACGCGCAUGCAAGCGGUGUUACGCAAAUAAAAGAGAAGAACUGGAACGAUCAAAGGCACGAGCAAAUCUCAGAAAACCCACUACUUUUUGUCCAAGCUGCCCUGGUCAACCGCAACUUUGCAGUGAAUGCUUCAAUAUUUUGCACUGUAAAUAA